CGGGGAUCAGCUCUGCGCGGGGGUGUCGCGCGCCUGCUGGGGAGCGCAGCAGCGGCGCCCGAGGCUGCCCGGCGCUCAGCCGGCCUCUCUGCGCCCCGCUUCCCGCCUGCCCGAAGGCGGCUGAGGCGGGCGAGGAGACCCCGCGGAGGUCUCCCUACCUGCUGCUGCCGGCCACCGGCCCGCCGCUGCGGCAGGUGUCACGGGGGGCGCGGCGUGGGGACACCCCGGCACCAGCCGCCUCCUGCCGUCCCCUCCAGGACCUGCCGCAAGGCGGGCGGUUGCCUCGCUCUGCUGUUCCGCGCAGCGCCGUGCACCGGGCACCUGAAUAAGACUUUGCAGAUGGAAAAAAUAAAGGCACGACUGAAAGCAGAAUUUGAAGCCCUGGAAUCUGAGGAGAGGCACCUGAAAGAGUACAAACAGGAAAUGGACCUGUUGCUGCAAGAGAAGAUGGCCCACGUGGAGGAGCUGCGACUGAUCCACGCUGAUAUUAAUGUGAUGGAGAAUACGAUCAAGCAGUCUGAGAAUGAUCUCAACAAACUUUUGGAAUCUACUCGUCGCUUGCAUGAGGAGUACAAACCCCUGAAGGAGCAUGUAGAUGCUUUGCGGAUGACUCUGGGAUUGCAGAGGCUGCCAGAUCUAUGUGAGGAGGAAGAGAAACUGUCCCUUGACUACUUUGAAAAGCAGAAAGCAGAAUGGCAGACAGAACCACAGGAGCCUCCCAUCCCAGAGUCUCUGGCUGCAGCUGCAGCGGCUGCCCAACAGCUGCAAGUGGCUAGGAAACAAGAUACCAGACAGACAGCAACUUUCAGACAACAACCACCUCCAAUGAAGGCAUGUUUAUCGUGUCACCAACAAAUUCAUCGGAAUGCACCCAUAUGUCCACUUUGCAAAGCAAAGAGCCGAUCUCGGAAUCCCAAAAAGCCCAAGAGGAAACAGGACGAAUGAAACCCAGAAGACUGACAAGCAAAUACGUGACCUGCUCCAGUUCUCUUCCGGUAGAACUGCAAAUGUGGCCAGACUUUACUGAAGUGCAGACUCAAGUAUGACCAACCCAUUUUUUUCUAUUUAAUGCAACGUAAGCACAAUGUUCCUGUUCUGUCUUAAUUUCCUUCCAGUCCUUAGGAUUUGGUUUUAGGAAAGUAAGUAUUACUGGUGCUACAGUUUAACAUUUCAAUCAUUCCAUCUUUUGGACUCAAACAAAGUAGAACCUUUAUGCAAGUAUCCUAAAUGCCAGGCUAUUCCUAUUGGCCAAAUGUGAUUACCACAAAUAUUUUAUGUUCUCCUUUUAAAAACAGAUGCUACUAAAAGAUUAUUCUGUUUUCUCCUGUAACAGGAGACUAUUUGAAGUGCUGAAAUAGCAGACUGUCUAUUUCACUAAAGAACAAUUUGUUUUCCAAGCUAGUAAGGCUUGCAUAGGUUUGGGUAACCAGUAGAGCUCUCUUUAUACAGGAAAUGUUUGGGGGGAAAAAAGACAUUGGUUAUGCAGGAAAUCAGUGCGUUAAGGACACAUGUGAGUUUUGGUUUACUGGAAUUUGUACCGUUCUCUCAAACUUGACUUACAAUUUGGAAGGGGGAUCGGGUUGCUGGCUGUGUAUGAAUUUCUAAAAAUUAUGUAAUUUGUGAUGCUUUAACAUCUUAAUAUGGUAUUGUUUUCAGCAGUCAGAAGACUUACUGACUUAAGUACAAGGCUCAAAUGAACCAUAUUAGUGGACCUCCCAGGCUGUAUGGCCAACCAGCUCACUGUGGUUCGGUGGGAAACACGCAUGAAAUACCCCAAAUCUCUAUGCACACAGACUGCAACAUCAGCCAUUCUGCACAUUCUCCAUUCCUUAUUUCUCCAGCCAAAAAUCUCCCUCGGCAGACAUAUGGUCGACCGGAGUACAGGGAAGUUGAGUAACGUGCACCAGGGACAGUGUCAACUAAAAAUGAUGUAUUUCACCAGAACUGCCUGGCUUUGGUGUCAUUGUCCUCCCUCACCAAAACUUCCUAUUUUUGUAUCUUUUAAUAGGUCGUUUUCAAGUAAGCUUUAUUUCAGCCCAGUUUUUUUUCUUCCUCUGUGUGCCAGAAGAACCCUGACUAAAGGAUCCUUUAGACCACUCCUCAUAGCCAUGUCUUCCCUUUGUUUCACCUCAUGUAACAAUAGUUCCUCCAGUGGGGAGGAUGGCAGUGAGCCCCCGGGCUUAAAAUUUACUGAUUUCUAAUCCCAGUUUUGUCACCACCUUUGUUGUUUAAAUUGAUCUCAAGUAUUAAAUAUUCGUUUCACUAACCUCACGAGGCAGGGACUGCCUGCUUACAUUCUUCGCUCUUCAGCCCAGAUUUUUCCCCUCCUAUUAUGAUAAUGGUUAUAUUGAGAACUUUGCAUGUUAAACAGGAAGAACAGGGAAGCCCCAAGUCUCUGGUCAGAACUUUGCCAAAUUCUGGGGACUGUAUGAAUUCAAAUAAAUCAAUUUUGCUGGCCAAAUCACAUAUGUUGCCAUUAAUAUCCCAACUCUGCCAUAAAGCACACGAGUAUUUUAUUGAUUAUAGUCCUAUAAUUUAUGCCAAGGUCAGUUGGUAUUCUCCCAUUUUAAUGUUUCAUAGCCAAAUAAACACCCGCCAGCACCAGAGGAAAAAUGUGGACCAUGUGCCUCUGAAAAUAAGUGAAGAGCAGAUUCUGCUAGCUGAAUCAUUCUGGCAUUCAGUCUCUGUGAGAUAGCAAUAAUGGAGGAGAGUCUGACCCCAUGCUCCAAACUGCAGCAGUGCACUAACUCUUGGUAUGCAUGUUUCCUAACACGAAUACUGGAUUCUAGUUUUAAACGUCAGAGCGACCACAUGCUGCGUGCGCAGUUCAGAGCAACUCCUACUGAGUUUAAGGGAAAAUGCUCACAGAGUUGAAGGACAGCAUAUGGACUCCCUCAAAGAGCGUGCACGAGAGCAGCAUACUUUGAUGAGCUGUACAUAAAUUUAAGAAGUAGUCACAAUGGAAAAUGGGUGAAUGGUGUGCAAUGAAGUAGUGCAAAUAGGAGGAUAGAUUUGUAGAAACUUCAGCUUACAGUUCUGAAAUAUAUAGGGUUAGUCGUAGCUGCUCUCACUUGUUAUUUUACCAGGUCCUUUGUUUCCUGGGAGGUCUCUAGAGUUCUAAAUUGAAGUAUGCUUAAGGAUGCACUGUUUACUGAUUUAGGAUGACAGUUUUGUAUGUUUACUUUUUUAAACUAGUCUCUUGUGCUGUCGUGUUUAACAAGGUUUGUUUUUUAAAAAAAGGAAAAAAGUGAAUAUGACAUACUGUGUUUGUAUCCAUCAUGUACUAGCGUUUACAAAUCCGUUUUCCCAUCCUUUACAAAGUCCUCCCAUAUGCAUAGCAUGCAUUGCUGAGAAUGAGUCUAACUGAACACGAGUCACCAAUGUGCCCUGGCAGCCACACACAACCGUGUCCUGGUGUACAUCGAACACAGCAUAUCUAGCUGGCUGUGAGAGGCGAUUGUUCCGUUCUACACUGCACUGGUGCAGCCUUGAGUACUGAGUGCAGUUUUGGACAUCUCAGUGUAAGGACAUCAAACUAUGAGUAUGCCCAGAGGAGGGCGACCAAGAUGGUGAAAGGUUGGUCUUGAGGGCAAGUCUUCCGAGGAGCGGCCAAGGUCACUUGGUUCGUUCAGCUUGGAGAAGGCUGAGGGGUGCCCCCAUCACAGCCUACACCUUCCUCAAGGGGGCAGUGGAGGGGGAGGUGCUAACCUCCUCUCUGGUGACCAGCAAUAGGACACAAAGAAAUGGAAUCAAGCUGUGUCAGGAGAAUUUCAGAAUAGACUUUAGGAACAGGUUCUUCACGGGAACAGGCUCCCCAGGAAGUAGUCACAGCACUGAGCGUGUCACAGUUCAAGAAGCUUCUGGACAAUGCUCUUAGUCACAUGGUUUUGUGUUAGGUAGUCUUGUGAGAAGCAGGGAGUUGGACUUGAUGGUCCCUUCCAACUUGAGAUAUUCUAUGAUUCUAACUAUUUCAAGGAGACAAAAAUCUGUAUUAUGCAUUAAGGGAUCCUGGAGGUGGGGGGAGGGAGGGAAGAAAUAUCAUAGGGAGCCAGUAUUCUCCUUUUCUCUCACAGAUUAAUUACAGAAUUUUAACUGAAGAACUCUUCCUGCGACAGCCCUGGGCCCUUUUCUCCCCAGGCACCUUUCUCAAGAAACUAGAGGGGUAAAUAUGAAAUAGUAAUUUCUUGUUUUUUAGUCAGAGGAGAAAGCUGUCUGAAGUACAGUUCUUACCACAAGUCUACUGCAUUUUUGCUCCAUAGAUCAACAAUAGUCUCUCCCUUUGUACCUAAGGUUCUUUGAGGAUACUUAUACUUCUUUACUUGGCUUAAGUUCGUUCUCAUUUUGGGUUAAAUGCUCUUAAUAGCCACAGAGAGACCAGUCUCAAAGAUUAGAAGGCUUUUAUAUUACUGAAGUCUGGUUUAACUCUGGCUUUGUCAUUCCCUUUUCAAUGGGUAUUCAAGCAACAACAAAAUCACUGGAUUCUUUUGUUAUGGACGAUUUCCAGGGUCUUUUCCUGGUUGUUCACUUGCCUCAAAGGAUAGUCCUGCUGUUCUGCAACCAAAUGGCAAAAAGAGAACACAAGCCCCACCCCCACCUUAAGCUCAUUCUAAAAGGAUGCAAACGCUCUACUGUGUCUAAAGGCUGUGCUAUAGAAAUUUUCAUACCCAAGCUAGGGCAGAUCAGUUGUUCAAACUUUAGUGCCAAGGAUCCCAUUAACUAUAGAGAAACUGUGUGCCAAAUAUUAAUACUUGCACUUCCUGAAUUCAGCUUUAGCUUCCUAAACAGGACACUGACUGAAUGAACCUGCCAGUGGCUUCAAGUGACAGAUCUAAUUUUUAAAGAAUAGCCAUUGAUGUGUUAUUCUGAAAAGCAGACUAUUCAAGAAAAUAAGACUUUACUAGCACUUUAAAUAAAAGUGCUUUCCUUUAUUUUACAGUUUUCCAACUCCUCCGACAUAGGUUUUCAUUUUAGCAUUUAGGUAUUUUAGCCAUAUCUGGCGUUUUCACUGGCUUCUGUGUUUUAAAUAUUUUACUCCUGUGCCCAGUAGGAGUAACAGUGUGUUCCCUGUUUAAUUUGCCUGUACAGUCCUUUUUAAUAAAUGUUUGUUUCAUGUCA